AUGGCUUUGGCUGUCAUCGUGUUGUCUGUUUAUUUUGGGGCAUCCUUAGCAGGCGGAGCUUCAGAAACUAAGUGCACUUUGCUGAAGGCAUUUACUCAGCCGAGUAUCUUCCAGGAUGGAGACAUUAUUCUAGGUGGACUCUUUCACAUUAACUUCAAAGUGAUUGUGAAUGACCUCUCAUAUCAGAUGGCCCCAGAGUUGUCAGAGUGUGAGAAUUUUAAUUUCAGAUCUUUUCGUUGGGCUCAAACAAUGAUUUACGCAAUUGAAGAAAUAAAUCGGGAUUCUACUCUUCUUCCAAAUAUUCGACUUGGGUAUAAGAUCCACGACAGUUGUGGUAAACACCCGUUUUCUCUCCGAGGAGCUUUUUCGUUGAUUAGUGGACAAAAGCAGACACAAACUAAACUUCCAUGUACUGGAUUUAGUGGGGUGCAUGCCAUAAUUGGUGACCCAUCAUCGACGCAAACCAUCACAUUAUCGAGAACACUAGCACCAUUUGGGAUUCCUGUGGUCAGUUACUAUGCUACAUGUGCCUGUCUCAGCAAUCGAAAGGAGUUUCCUAACUUUUUUCGGACUAUACCGAGUGAUUUUUACCAGGCAAGAGCAAUGGCGCAGCUUGCCAAACGCUUUAGCUGGACCUGGAUUGGAACCAUUUCAAGUGAUGAUGAGUACGGUCGAUUAGCAACACAGACGUUUGCUGAAGAGCUCCUGGAAGCUAAUGUUUGCAUGGCCUUUUCUGAGACUGUUUCAAAAAUCUAUCCCAGACAAGAUGCCUUACGCAUUGUAAAUAUAAUCAAAAAAUCAUUGGCAAGAGUUAUUGUUGUGUUUAGUGGUGAUAUGGAUGUGGAACCACUGUUUCUGGAACUAGCAGAGCAAAAUAUUACCAACCGACAAUUUCUUGCAAGCGAGGCUUGGAGUAAUUCUCCGGUUCUCUCCAAUAAAGAGAUUUCAGCAGUUACCAGAGGGGUUCUGGGAAUUGCUAUUCAAAAAGCUGAAAUUCCAGGGUUAUGGGAUUUUCUUGUCAGCCUGCACCCAUCUAAAUUUCCUGGGAAUACUUUUGUUGAAAGGCUGUGGGAGGAGUCAUUUAACUGCAGACUGGCACUGGAGAAUGUUACAGUCGUAUCUUCCUCGGGACUACAUUUCUGCAAUGGAUCGGAGUCACUCAGUCAGGUUCAGAACAGCUACACUGAUGUAUCUCAGCUGAGAAUCACAUACAAUGUAUACAAAGCUGUGUAUGCUCAUGCACAUGCCUUGCAUGAUUUGCAAGCAUGCCAAAAUGGAAGUGGACCAUUACAGAAUAACACCUGUGCAGACAUUUUUACUUUACAGCCUUGGCAGCUUUUGUAUUACAUGACAAAAGUGCACUUCAGAACAAAAGUUGGUGAUCAAGUCUACUUUGAUGAAAAUGGAGACCCUAUAGCAGCUUACGAUAUUAUUAACUGGCAAAUGAGUAAAUCCGGCAUUUUGGAGUUUAUAAAUGUGGGACAUAUUAAUGGAUCUGAACUCUACAUUAAUGAUACUGCUAUUAUUUGGGCAGAUGGAACAAAAAAGGUACCUCAAUCAGUAUGUAGUACAAGUUGUCCUCCAGGCACUAGAAAAGCUAUCAGAAAAGGUGAACCAAUCUGCUGCUUUGAUUGUAUUGUGUGUGCGGAGGGAGAAAUUAGUGAGACGGCUGAUUCUCUACAAUGCAUCAAGUGUCACCUGGAAUUCUGGUCAAAUACCUACAGAAAUGAAUGUGUUCCUCGAGAAAUUGAAUUCCUCUCCUUCCAAGAUACAAUGGGAAUCACACUGACAGCUGUCACCUUAUCUGGAACAUGUUUAACUUUAGCAAUAGGAGUAGUGUUUCUAUAUUACAAAAAUACUCCAAUCGUCCGGGCAAACAAUUCAGAACUAAGCUUUUUGCUGCUAAUCUCAUUAGGUUUGUGUUUUCUUUGUUCGCUGUUUUUCAUUGGUCAACCCUCAGAGUGGUCCUGCAUCGUCCGCCAUGCAGCAUUUGGAGUUAGCUUUGUUCUUUGCAUUUCAUGUAUCCUUGUUAAAACUAUUGUGGUGUUAAUGGCUUUUCAAGCCACUCUUCCAGGCAAUGACAUAAUGAAGUGGUUUGGACCUUCUCAGCAGAGAGGAAGUGUCUUUGUGAGCACACUAAUUCAAGUCCUUAUCUGUGUGAUCUGGCUUGCUACAACCCCUCCUGUGGUUUAUAAGAACAAUGGUAUCCAAAGUUCUAAAAUCAUUCUGGAAUGCACUGUUGGGUCUGCAGCUGCCUUUGGUUGCGUCCUGGGUUAUAUAGGUUUGCUAGGGGCCAUUUGUUUUGUGCUGGCAUUUCUAGCUCGCAACCUGCCCGACAAUUUUAAUGAAGCAAAAUUUAUUACAUUUAGUAUGCUGAUCUUUUGCGCUGUAUGGAUUACUUUCAUUCCUGCUUAUGUCAGCUCUCCAGGAAAAUACACUGUAGCAGUUGAAAUUUUUGCCAUUCUGUCUUCUAGCUAUGGUCUUCUUGGAUGUAUAUUUGCUCCUAAAUGUUACAUAAUUCUGCUUAGGCCUGAUCAAAAUACCAAAAAGCAUGUCAUGGGAAGGGCUGUCUCAAGUAUAAAAUAA